AUGCCAAAAUAUUCAAAAAAACAUACUCAAAUGAUUCAACUAACAGCUAAUCGCGAAGUGAAUAAAAAAUCAAAAAAGGUUAUAGAUAUUCUUCAAAGUCUUGACGGAGAUAAUUUUGAUAAUGUUUUAAAAUUAAUAUAUAGUAUUAGAAAAGAAGAAAUAUCAGAAACUCCUAUAAGAUCUAAUGAACAACUCAUUGAACCUAUUCAAGGCUUAAGUAGUGAUGAAAAAGAAGAAACAUCAGAAACUCCUAUAAGAUCUAAUGAACAACUUAUUGAACUUAUUCAAGGCUUAAGUAGUAAUGAAAAAGAAGAUGCAAUAAAAUUGCUAGAAAAUAUGAAAUAUCCACGAGGCAAGAAUAAAGAAAAAAUUAUAUCUCAAUAUUUGUAG